AUGUCUCUGGAUGAUUUCUUUAACAAGAAGUCUAAAAAGAAGGCAAAGGUUAUUACUACAAGCGCAUUAUUGCAACAAAUCACAGAUACAAAUCCCCUACCUCAACCUGAAGCAGAGAUUGUUACCGACCUUAUUCCGAUUCCACCAGCUGAAACCGAUGAAUGGGAGCCUAUACAAAAUGAUAUCGUUCCAGAUUUCUCAGAACUAACUCUUCGUGAUUUAGAUGAAGAAGAGGAUAAAGAUUCAGCAUCAAUUGAUGGAAAAGAUACAUCUAAAUCAAGUUCCAACGAGGUUGCUUGGAAAAAUAGAUCAAAGUCUGAAGAAGAGGGCGAAAAGCAAGAAGUUGUAGAACCUAAGAAGCCUGGUAUUUUCGUACCAUCCGUUUUUUCGAAAAAGAAUAAUCUUCCCAACGUAAACAGUAUGGAUGAAUUUCCAACAUUAGCCGCUGUAAAAGAUAAACCUGCAAAGAAAGUUGAGAAAACCGUGGAACCGGCCGACAAUUCAUGGACUGAUGUUCAAAGAGGAUCUAAUCGACGCCGGGAAGAAACAAGUGGCUUAUACGUACCUCCCAUUAAUCGUCCAGAUGGCCGUAGCAGAUAUGUUCCUACCAGUAACGUUGGAUUCCAUUCGGGGAGUGCUAUUCCUGACCGAUCUGGUUUCAGCACUCACCAGCCUACUGCUUCAUCCAAUUCCCAAUGGAAACGUGGAACUACUAUUAAAGAAAAUGAAGUUGCUUCGAUACCUUCUUUUGGCGAACAGAGGGGGUCCAGAGGAUCUGAACGUAAAUCUGGAGUCAUCUCAACCGAAAAACGCUACGUUCCUCCACAUCUAAGAGCUGCCCAACCCAUCAGUCAGUCCAAUCGUUUCGCUCAACUGGAUAACUCUUAG